AAGGUUAAACCAUGAUUACGGAUAACGGCAAUAACCGGUUACAAAACAAGUACACCAGACGGUGCCGCAACAACAACACCAACACCUCAUAGUUUACAAGAAGAAUAGUACACAGCCUGUCUUUCCUUCCUUUUCUAUAGAAACUAUUAAAAAAACUUCUUUAAAUACCUUCUCUUCCUCCUCCUCUGCUCUCUCCAUCUUCCAAGAAAGUCUUCAUUUUACCAUUAUUUGCUCAGGAUAGAGAGAGAGAGGAUCAAAGAAGCAAUGGCAAAGAUGCAGUUUUCAAUCUUUAUCGCCGUCGCCUUCAUCGUCUUCUCUGCAUCAACAAACGCCAAAACCGCAAGCCCACCAGCUCCAAUGCUACCACCGACACCAGCUCCAGCACCGGCCCCACACCACGUGAAUCUCACCGAGCUUCUAAGCGUAGCUGGUCCCUUCCACACGUUCCUCGACUACCUCCUCUCGUCAGGAGUCAUCGAAACGUUCCAAAGCCAAGCCAACAACACCGAGGAAGGCGUCACGAUCUUCGUCCCAAAAGACGAUGCCUUCAAGGCUCAGAAGAAUCCUCCUCUCUCGAACCUCACCAAGGACCAGCUCAAGCAGCUUCUCCUCUCCCACGCUCUUCCUCACUACUACUCUCUUUCCGAGUUCAAGAACCUGAGCCAAUCCGGUCCGGUUAGCACCUUCGCCGGUGGACAGUACCCUUUGAAGUUCACUGAUGUUUCCGGUACGGUUAGGAUCGAGACGCUCUGGACCAGGACUAAAGUCAGCAGCAGCGUUUUCUCCACCGACCCCGUGGCGGUUUACCAAGUGAACCGGGUGCUUUUGCCUGAAGCGAUCUUUGGAACUGAUGUUCCUCCAAUGCCUGCUCCGGCUCCUGCUCCUGUGGUUAGCUCUCCUUCUGAUUCGCCUUCUGCUGAUUCUGAUGAAGCCAACGCUUCUUCGCCUAAGUCGUCGCACAAGAACUCAGCACAGACGCUGGCUUUAGCUCCAGUCGCUAUGGUGGUUUCCGGUUUGGUGGCAUUGUUCUUGUGAGAACAAGAAUGAUGGAUUUGUUUUGUUGGUUGAGUAUGUUCUAAGUUACAACUGUGAAAGAGAUUUGUAUUACAUUGUUCCAAAUUUGUCUUUUUGAUUUUUUUUUUCUUUUAAGCACCAUUUUUAUUUUAUACAUUUUACCAUUAUUAUUGUCAAUUAUCAGUGUUUGUGAAUUGAGUUUUUUCCUCCAUUUUGUUUUUUAUAUUUAUUUUAGUUUAUUUUGCUUCA